GAUAAGAUUAUUUACUUAUUUAAUAUUACACUUAGACUUAAAUAUAUUCAUAAUAAUGAAAUAAUUCAUCGAGAUUUACAUAUUGGCAAUAUACUAAAUAAAUCACUUGGAGAUAGUAUUUUUAUAACCGAUAUGGGAUUAUGUAAACCUGCAGAUUACAAAGAAAAUACAAAAAACAAAGUAUAUGGUGUUUUACCUUAUAUAGCUCCUGAAGUUUUGAGAGGACAGAAUUAUACUAAAGCUUCUGAUAUUUAUAGUUUUGGUAUAAUUAUGUAUGAAUUAAUUUCUGGAUUACCUCCAUAUCAUGAUUUAAGCCAUGAUAAAAAUUUAGCAAUAAAAAUUUGUCUAGGGUUAAGACAAAGAUUUCAUAUUAAAGUACCACAACUAAUUGUACAUUUAAUUAAAAGAUGCUUAGAUGCAAAUCCAUUGAAUCGACCAUCAGUAUCUGAAAUUUAUAAUAUUGUACGUUCAUGGAUUGUUGUUUUAUGCGACUCAUGUGAAUUAAGUCAAUCAGAAUUAUUACAAGAGCAAAUUAAAGAAGCGGAUGAAAUGAAUAGAAAUUCACCAACUAAUACCUUGCCUUCAACUAGUUUAGCAUUAUCAUAUGUAACACAUUCAGAAGCUAUUUAUACAAGUAGAUUACUUGAUUUUAAUAAUCUUCCUGAACCAAGAAAUUCUGAUGAUUAUCAUGAAAAUUGUGAUAAUAUAACAACCAUAGAAUAUUCAGAUUCUUUACAAAUUGAUAUUUCUCAAUU